AUGGCGCAAAGACCAACAAACCGCGUAUCUUUCCUCCCUCUCACUAUUUUCAUGGUCGUCUUCGGCCUUCUCAUCCUCGCACCCACAAUCGCCGCUUCAUCACACGUAUCAGCGGCACCGGCAGCACCCUCACCGUCGGCCGAUGUUGAACUCAUCUGCCACACCGACAACCCGGCGGAAUGUUACCCCAAGAUCUUCCAACCGACAGAGGAAUUCCAAAUAGUACAUGACGACCAAGAGCUGCCCCAUGGCCUCCACAUCCGGAUGAACAUCAACACCGGCCAAAAGGAGGCCAAAAUCAACGAUCCGACUGAGAAGAAUCCGGCGGUGGAGGGCUUGCUGGUCGAUCGCUCGAUUGUGGUUGUGGAUGGCGAGGAGGUACACGAUGAACCGAGACUGCCCAAGGACGCCCCCAAGUACGACCCCGUCGGCGCCGUGAAGCAGCCCCCGCAGGAGUCAAGCGAGUUCUACUCCCAUCUCGAUUACGUCAAGAAAGGCGCGAACGGGGCCGACCUCCCCAUGGAUGAGGCCCUGGAGUUUCUCGAGGACAUUUCUCACGACAUCUACUACGGCAUGAAGAUCACUGAGACGUUUGACACCGUCAAGUCCCUCCUCUGCCUCAUGUCAGACCCCGAGACGCCCGCACCAAUCGAGGGUGUCGUUCCCCGUGACCAGCAGGCCGCCUCCAUCAUCUCCGGCGCCCUGCAAAACAACCCCAAGGCUCUUGAGGAAGUGACCAAGGUGUGGCCUCAGCUUAUGGACGCUUCAUGCCCCGCUACCGAGACUAAGGGAGCCUCGAAGCUCCGAGACGACUUUUACGCCUCCUUCGUGCCUUCCCAAGAGAGCAAGCACGAUGUCCUCCGCGCCGCAAACAAGGCCAAGGCUCAUGUCGCCGCUGUCAGAGGUCUUCUGAAGAGCCCUACGAUCCGUGACGACUUCAUCGCCAACAAGGGCAUGGACCGCCUUCUCGAGGUACUCGCGCCUGAAGAUGCCCGCUGGGAUACCGCUCAGCGCAAGACCGGGCAGCUUAUCCUCGACAGCUUCCUCGACGAGAGCAUGGGAGCCGAUGUCGGCGUGUGGCCCCUGUUCAAGGCGUCCGAGACGGAUGCGUCCAAGAGAGUGGCUGAUCGUGUGAGCGACGGCAACUGGAAGACGGCCGUGAAGGCCAUCAUGGAGAAGAAUAAGGGAGACAAGAGCCAUUGGAGCAAGGACCUGUAUGACAGGUUGGAUGCGCAUGAGCAGACCCAGUUGAACAAGCUGGGAAAGCAGGAGUUGUAA